UGUUUCGCAAUCGGUCGGUCGGUGUGUGAUUUUUCGAGUCCGGGGUCCGUGCGAGUGUUUGGUGGAGUUGCGGUCGAGUUUUCUGGACAAAAUUACCGUCGGGAGCGAGCAAAGUUGUCAGUGAUCGUGUGUGCAGUGGAAUUUCUCGCGUUUCCGAGCGCGAAAACCCCGAUUGACCAUUCCGUUGCGUUUGCUCGACGGCAUAACCAUCGUGAAGUGUGGGGUGGAAGAAAACCUGAACCGAAGACUCUGGGUUUUCUGCUGACCGCGAGAAAAUCAUCUGUCAUCGGCGUAAUCAAAAACAGGGAUCUCACUCUCACUGUUUGGCGUGAGCAGCGCUGAGAUCCGCGAGGACCGCGAGCUAUGUGAGGGUAUAGUCGCAGCAGGUGUGCUUUCUCGCCCACAGCGCGCAUCGCCACUCAUUCUCGCGCCUUCGUCGUAUCUCACGCUCCGUAGAUAAAAAAAAAAUUGCCUGAGACUGUGAGCGAAGCCUUGCUCUCUUUCUCUCUUUCUCUCUCCCGCAUCAAGUGUGCUGUGAGCGGUCGCGGUCUUCGGUGUGAUAAUCGCGGCGGUGGUGGUUAAGGUCUCCGACUCCGAAUCUUCCAAGAUCCUCCAUACGUACGCGCUUUCCUCCGAUCCGAUCCGCGACGACUGAGACCUGAGCUGCUGAGCUCAAGCCUGACUCUCGAAGGGGGGUUUCUAGCGUAAUGCUGCCGACCGAUCGGCUCACAAUUCUUUUGACUAUGGCGUGUUUAAGUUCGUCGAAUCGGGUCUGCGCCCGCGUUGUGCAGGAAAAACUGUGUCAGUUUGUUGUUGGCAAAAAUUAUCAUCAUCAGCAACAACAGCAGCAACAACAUCUAGUGGUGGCCUCUGCUGCAGGUGGCGGAACCGGAACUGGAUCCGGUAGUUCUGGUGGUGCAGGCCAGGUCACUGCUGCUGCUGCUGUUGGAAGUGCCGCGGUCGGGAAUCAUGCCAAGAGAACCGUUUUCUCGUCCGGUGGUGGUGGUGGCGGUCCGUUGUUUACGACGUUGAAAUCCGGUAGUUCGGCGUUCGGUGGUAGUGUGGAAGCUCUGAAAUAUGGACCAAGUGUUGGAAUGUUCGGUGGUUCGAUCAACGGUGGUGGUGUGCGCAAUUUCUACAGCUCGUCUUUGGUACGCAAUCUCUUCAAGAAGAAUCAGCCAUGCAGUUCACAGCUCCUUCCGCCUUCCGCAGUUACACACCCCUGCAUGCGAGGCUACAGCUCCGUCCACACACAGCAGCCGGCCGGUCCGAUUCGGGAGUACAACAUCGAUCCGUACAUCCUGCUGGACGACGAGCUCAAAUACAUCUUCGAAGAUAUCAGACAAGAAAUCAACCGUGCCACCAACCACCAAGAGCUGAAAAAGAUCGCCGUAUACUACUUCGACGGGCAAGGAAAAGCGAUCCGACCGAUGGUAGCCAUGCUGAUGGCCAAGGCCCUAAACUAUCACAUGCACAACGAGACCAGCAAUGUAGUGCACGCACAGCGACAGAUCGCCAUGAUUUCGGAGAUGAUUCACACCGCCAGUCUGGUCCACGACGAUGUCAUCGAUCAGUCCUUUGCGCGACGGGGUAAACCUAGUGUAAACGUCAUAUGGAAUCAUAAAAAGGUGACGCAAGCUGGCGACUAUGUUCUUGCUGUUGCAUCGAUGCUAUUGGCCCGCCUUAAACACGACGAAGUCACACACAUCCUCAGUCAGGUACUGACAGAUUUAGUGCAGGGAGAAUUCAUGCAGCUAGGCUCCAAGGAAACCGAAAACGAACGAUUCGCUCACUACUUCACCAAGACGUACAGGAAAACGGCGUCCCUGAUAGCGAAUAGUUUAAAAGCGGUGGCAGUCCUGUCCGGUGCGGACGAACAGAUGGUCGAGCUGAGCUUCCAGUACGGUCGGAAUCUGGGUCUGGCCUUCCAGUUCGUGGACGAUCUGCUCGAUUUCGUGUCCAGCUCAGAGGCCAUGGGUAAACCGGCGGCAGCCGAUCUGAAGCUGGGACUGGCCACCGCGCCGGUGCUGUUUGCGUGCGAAAAAUUCCCCGAGCUGAACCCGAUGAUCCUGCGCCGCUUCCGGGAGCCCGGCGACGUCGAGCGGGCAUACGAGCUGGUUCAUCAGUCACAGGGACUGGAGCAAACGCGCUUCCUCGCACGCAAGCACUGCAUCGAGGCGCUCCGGCUAGCGUCCCAAAUCAGCGAAUCGCCGUAUCAAAAGGGUUUGAUAGUGGUCGGUGACUUCGUGCUGAACCGAAUGAAAUAGUAGUAGUAACGCGGCAUAGCAGGCGUGCAGCAGUAGUAGUAGUAGUUGUAGUAGUAGCGUAAGAACAGUGUGUAAUAGUAGGCGUAGGCGUUAUUCUAGGUCGCGGGGGAAGGGGGUUCAAGAGUACGAGAGACAGACAGAUAGAGAGAGAGAGAAAGAGUUUGGGGACAUGUUUGCGUUUUCGUUUGUCCGAAUGUGUGUGUGAAUGUAUUGGAUUGUGUGCGUGAGCGCGCUUUGCAGCGACCUUUACUUCCAAUAGAAAGUAAAACUAUUUUUCAAGCAGUACACACAGUUGAUUUGAAUUGUUUUCGAUUUCUAUCGGGUGUUUUGGGUGCGUGCGAUUUUUAGUUUUUGCGAAUGCUUGGGAACAAUGGAAUAUUCUAUAUUAGUUACAAGAAAGGAAAAAAAAAAUAAAACAAGCGUAUGCGCGCGUGGAACCAGUGCGGGUUUUUUUAGAAAUCUAAUUAUAAACUUUUUUUCUGUAAAAAAAAAAAGCUCGAGAUAUGUAGUAGGAAGUCAGUUAAGUUUAUUUAGCAGAAGAGAAGUAAUCCGUUUAUUAAUCAAAGUUAGUAGAUUGUAGGUUAUGUUCAGUUUAAGCUCACCCAAGCUGGAACGAAGCUUUACAUUGGGGCCAUUUCGGGACAGUUGAAAGGCAUGGCAAGCUUCGUUCCGCUCCAGGGUGACGAGUAACAAUCUAUCCUCUCCAUCUGUAGUCUUUUAUCGGGUUGGCUGAGCUGGAAGUGUACGAAGUGCAAUGAUAAACCCUUUUGAUUCAUGUCUGUACUAUAAUAUAUGUAGUUAUUUUUUUAGUUUUUUUUUUUGAUUUUUGCUGUGUUUGUGUGAAUGAGUGAUACCGUACCGGGGGUUAGAAGAUUUCAGCGUCGUUUGCAGUGAACCAUAUAGUCAAUUUCUGUCAUCCGGUUCCUAAAGUUACAGUUUUCCAUUUCCCUAAGCAUCGUAUUUUUUACAUAGUGACCGUAGAUUUCCAGUGUAGAACAUACACACAAACCAAGCAUUAGUGUCCGUCAUCCCACGUUGAUUUGUAAGCAAUUGACAGCGCCGUCAAAUGUUAGCACAAAUCGUAGCUAGCUCUGAUUUCAGGUGUUUUUGUUUCGCUUCGAGUGGCCGGAAUGGUUGAGAAAAUUUGCGCAGAAAAGACAUGCAUGGUAUCGUCAUCGUAGUAAGCACUGCCAUUUUUUUUUUAAACUAUGUUUAGAUAGGGAAAAAAAUGAUCGUGGAAUUUGGGCGCGCGUGCGAGAUCCGGUGUUUCAAAAGUUCUUUUUAUUCGAUGGUAAAAAAAUUUAUUUUGAUUGUUUGCGUGACGAGCGAGAGAGAGAGAUAGCGUGAGAUGGAUGGGAAACAACACAAUACAAUUGUUAUAUUUACAACAGGAGCCUUAGUAGAUUACAAGACAUGAAAAGAAAAUGUAAAUAAAUAAUGAAAAAGCGUAGAUAAGUUAACGAAAAAAAAAAAACAGCAGAUAAUGCGAAUGUGUAUGUGUUUAGCGUGUGUUAGCUCGUAAGUGUCAACUGUAGUAGGCCAAUAAGUGACCACUAGCUGCUCAAUUAUUGUUUAAAACAACGCAAGUACCAGAUCCAAUUCUUUUUUUUUUAAUUAUUAUUAUUUGAUACUAAACCACGUCAGUUAAUUUGAUAAAAUCAAAGAAACGAAAGUAACACGCAACACACCCCACUCUGUACAUAGUUAGGUCUAAUUUAACUUUUAAGAGAACGUCGUGGAAGGGACGUCUAGCAUAACUAAAACACUAUUUUACACAAACACACACACACACACUUGUAUGCACUUGUUAUUUUUGCGAUUAUUCUAUCAUUUAUCUUUGUUCUUUUUUUAAUCUCUCCUUUUUAAAAAAACGAAAUGGUAACUUAACCUCAUCUAAAAGCAAGACAAAUCAAACCUGUGUGGCUGGAGUUCUUCGCUAUCCUUACCCUAAUUUCCUAAUUUUACUCCAUUCCCGUCUUAUUUUGUGUUUUGUUUUCAAAGUAUCUAAAAAACAAUAAAUUAACAAUCUAAAAAAGCAGCUGUCGAGCAAAGCGCCAAAAAUCGAGUUUUAAAGUAUGAAAAUUGGUCACCUUACCAAGUUACCAAGGACCACACCAUCAGCACCACCACCACUACCGCCGCCACCAGCACACUGUACAGCGACGAACCAGUAGAGAUGAGACUCGACUGCUUUUUAAAGUGGGAAAAUAAAUUACACGAACAAUACGCGACAAGAAACCGAAGCUUGGAAGCAUGGCUGAGAUGAUUUCGAACCAGAAGAAGAAAAAAUAAGUAAAAUGGCAGCGUUAGGAAAUUUGUGUUCAACAGGGGUUGUAGGUUUAAAAAACUCAGAAAAAAAAUCAAAACAAUAGAAACGCCCAAGCAAAAACUGAUUGUGAGCGAUGGGGGUGAAGAAUUCUAUCGAAAGGAAAGCAAAAGAGCAAAUAGUUAAAUGUCGUCGGCCUUCUGGACCCCGGGUACUGGGAUGCGUAUUUUGAAGCGGCGGGAACUACAAGCUUCCAAUCCGGGCACGCGGAAGGCGACGGCAAAACACAGAUGUAUAUUAUCGUUGCUAUAUUUUACACAAUCUUUACAACACAAGGAUGUUUUUGAUAUGUAAUGAGUAAAAAUGAAAAGAAAUAAAUGAGACUAAUCAUC